GUUGCCUUUCCCAAUUCGAACGUCCCUCACUUUAAUGCACCUUCCUCUAUCUCUCUCUCUCUCUCUCUCUCUCUCUCUCUCUCUCUCUCUCAAAUGUUCUUUUCUUUCAUAUACAUUCACUGUUUCUGUUAGUAAAAGGCAACAAAUAAAGGAAGGUGAAGAAAAGACGAAUUCAAGCCACCUGUUUUUCUCCAAGACAAACUCAUCAUCAUCUUUUGAUCAAAUUCCUCAAAAACCCUAUUCCUGCAAUUCGAUUUUCCUUUCUUUUCCUUUAGAUUGUGGCUCUUAAAAUGGGUUUCUCUCUGUAGGCUUUUUCCAUGUCUGUUUAAAGAGAGAAUUCACUUUUUGAGAUAAUUAAACCGCAAAAGAUCGCCCUUUUUUGGAGAAAAACCCCUUUCGUUCUUCACCUUUCUUUUCAUUUACAAUAAGAAAAGGAAUUGGGCUUUUGCGUAGUUUAUCAGCAAUUCAUUCUCUUGAUAAAUAUUUAAUUUAUUUCCUUUUCUUGAUAGAAUUGAGCUUAUUUUUCCACGAGUUGGGGGUUUUGAUUUCAUUGCUCCAUUUCCUUUAUUAAAUUCAAUUUUUUUUCCUGGGUUUUUGAGGAAGUGGGGUUUUGGGUUCAUGGCUGCUGGUCCUGAAAUUUCAAUCGAAUCCGCAGCAUCAACGACGGUGGCUGGUUCUAUUACUGCCGUCGAUCAAUCCUCACCAAAAACUGAGGUCGCCGUUACCAACCAGAGCGACAAUUUCAAUGUUGCUAAACCCGAUGAUAACGAUUCCGUUGUGAAUAACGUUGACUCCCAAAACGGGUCGGAUUCCGAUUCAAAAUCAGAGAUGAAAAUGCAAGAUAUCGUCGAUAUCUUGUCCAAUUUGAAGUUGAAUCCCAUGGCGAAGGAAUUCUUCCCUUCUUCCUACUCGCCAAUUGAUCGCAAUGGUGAUCAGACCGAACUUACCCUCAAUUACUUCGCGCCUGCUUAUUUCACCAAUUCCCCUGGAGACGGAAUUGAAGCAUACCCUAAUAAUCGAAGAAGGAGAAAUAACUAUAGUCAGGGAAGAAGACGAUUAAAUGGAAGAGCUUUUCGAGCUCAAAGAGAAGAUAGCAUUAAGAGAACAGUUUACGUUUCUGACAUUGAUCAUAAUGUCACUGAAGAGAGACUUGCUGCCCUGUUUAGCGCCUAUGGCCAAGUUCUUGAUUGUCGAGUUUGCGGGGACCCACAUUCACGUCUCCGUUUUGCAUUUGUAGAGUUUGCUGAUGAGAAUUCCGCAAGAGCAGCCCUUAAUCUUUGUGGAAUAAUGUUGGGGUUCUCUCAAGUUAGGGUUUUGCCUUCAAAAACUGCCAUCCUUCCAGUGAAUCCAACUUUCCUUCCAAGGUCAGAGGAUGAAAAGGAGAUGUGUGCAAGGACAGUCUACUGUACAAAUAUCGACAAAAAGGUUUCACAAGGUGAGGUCAAGAAUUUUUUUGAAACAAGAUGCGGUGAGGUUUCUCGCAUUAGGCUUUUGGGAGAUCAUGUUCAUUCAACACGAAUUGCUUUUGUUGAAUUUGUGAUGGCAGAAAGUGCGAUUAUUGCAUUAGAUUGUUGUGGUCAAACACUUGGAACUCAACCAAUAAGGGUGAGUCCAUCCAAGACACCAGUGAGGCCUCGAGUGGCUCGAUCUCUUCCAACCAACUAAUGUAUGCAUCCAUCAGGGAGGAUUUCUUCUUGUGAGGUGUUUGUUUAUUUUAUGGCAUUUUUGCCAUUUUUACACUAGUUAUGAACUUUGAAGGGGGAGACAAAUUCAAUCCCUAAGUUGAGAACUUGUUUUUGUUUUCUUUUUUUUUUUCAUCAUGUUUGAUUGCAGAAUCCUGCAAUCUGCAAACAAUGGGCAAAGUAAUGUUGCUCAUUAAGACUUGGGAUUCUAAGUUUUUAAAUUGUAUGUUACAUUGCUUC